AUGAAGUCCACACUAGCUAAAAGCAAAAGAAGAAGAAAAUUUCUCGGUGGAAUUGUUAUCAUUGUGAUGUUGUCUAACAAAUCUCUCAUGUUUCUUGAGGAUUUAACUCUGCCUAAGUUUCAGGAAAUAGUAGUGAACGGAAACUUAGGAUGUGCUGGAUGUACACAAAGAGUGUCUAAUAUUAUUUCCAAGAUUACUGGACUAAGAGAAUAUACAGUGGAUGUGAAGAAGAAACAAGUAAUUGUGAAGGGGGAAUUUACAUAUAAACACAAUGGAGAAGAAAAGGAUUUUUCCAUUAGAGAAUUGAGAAAAGAACAUUGUUGUUAUCAUGUAAAAUUGAUAUUUGGAUCAUUUCUAAGUUGUUUCUUUAAAGGUGCAUGAAUGAAGGGAAAUUAUCUUCUACAUCUUAUUUUAAAAAAA